UGCGACUGCAAAGGUACAGGUGUCAGCUGCGACUGUACCAAUCAGCAGCGGGCGUGCAACUGUGCAACGAAGUAGUCGUCUACAUGAUCACAGAUUCAUCAGAAGAUCCCGCCGAGUAUUCAGCCCCUUUUAUUUGGGACGACCUUUGUCAUCCUCUUCGUGACAUUGUCUCUUCUUGAAUCCGAAAAUACAAGAAACCUCAAAACACGUGACCCUUACGAGCGCGUACCUGCUAUUUUCGGAUGAAGGUAACAUCUUCUCUUGGUGAGCGUUUUUGUAUAAGAAGCAACUGACCCAGUCGUGAUUUUACCAUUCCCUCCCUCGUAUCUCUCGGCUUAUUGAUUAGGUCUCCGUCUCGUUCAUUCAUUAAGUCUCAUUUCUCGCUGCUCUUCAAAUACAACCCAUCGCAUAUACCUCAAUCCAUCUUAUACCCAUCCAACAUGUCCUCAGUGACCCUCCGCAUUAUGUCCCUCUGGGUCAUCCUAUUUUCAAUAUCUGCAAUGGUUGCAGCGUCACCCGCACCAAUAGAUCCCCAACUUGCAUCGCUCAUCACGAGCAAUAUGAAUCUGAAUUGCGGUCAGAGCUGUCAGGAAUUUAAGGGCACACAACAACUGAAUAAGAAUUUUGCCUUGACGUCUGCAUCGAGCUCAAAUUCAUUCGUACUCGGAGCUAUACUGCUAGCUGGUGGCGUUUUGGUAGCAUAAUGAGGGUAUAUCUUUAAGAAGCGGCUUCCAGGUCGGACUUUGACAUUUUGAUGUACUGUACUUAGUGCAGUUGAUGUAGCGGUAUACUAGUAAACAUCAGUGCUGUUUCUAAUGCUAGUGUAUAAUAGCAUGGACAAGAGACACCGAUGGGCUCCACUAA